AUGGAGAAGGUUUAUCGCCCUGCUCCUCCAAUCGAUGUGUUCGUAGCGUCGGCUCAUCUGGCAGUGUUUGAAAGGUAAAUGAAUCAUUUGACUUAUAUAACUUUAAACAUGUGCGUUUUCAGCUCCAGUUAUUUCAUCUCCGCCUAUCCGUACUCUGUCUACCUAAACACAAUGCUGCCGGAUACGAACCAAACAGAACCUGAGCGGAGAGAGCAAAUGAAGUUCAAGUGUAUCAGCGACUCCGGUGAAGUCGCUGACUCUGUUGUUGUUGGAAUCGACGGUGGACAGGACUGCUCGUGGAAGAAUUAUUACUUUAUCUGCGGAUUCUACAACCCACUCAGUACUGUCCGACUGGUUGAUGACCAAGUAUUUGGCCCUGAGAUUACCGUGAAGCAACCAAUUGCUCGCAAAAUCCCACUGGUUGUUUGUUUGUCCCGAACCUUUUACUACGAGAACUGGCAGGUGAUGUUGACCGUUUUGGAGAUGUACAAAACCAUGGGAGUCUCCGAAUUCUCCAUUCAUAUCCUCAAUGUUGUCAAAGAGGUCUAUGAUAUCCUAAAACUAUACGAAAGGGAGAUUAAUUUAAAAAUCAACCCUGGAUUUAUAAUCCCGAAGAUCGAUGGGCGCCUUGAGAAUCCGAAUUUCCACACCGAGACGAUGAACCAAAUCAUGUGCUACAACGACUGCCUCUACAGUUAUCGAGAGGCCGCUGAAUUUAUGAUUUUUUCGGAUAUGGAUGACUUGAUCAUGCCGGAGAAUGGAGAUCUGUUGUCGAAAGCAAGAAGCCUUUUGGAGGCGUUCCCAAUGGCAGCCGGUUUUGAAUUUGUAUGGGCGACAAGUCAUUUUAGGCUGGGUAAGAGAGUCAGUCGUCUAUUAUAAUUAUAAAAAAAGAAGAUAUACGGGCUUCAAGACCUUUUGUCGAACAUACGUUAUUCCACGAUAAGUUUUAGCCAUCUUAAGGCCACAAAUGGUGAUUUCUGCCCUGAAGGGUGGUCUUGUAACGGUUUUGUGACAGUCCAACUUCCUUUCCGAGCCUUUUAGCCACCGUCUACAGCGUUUUUUGCGUCUCUUACUGUCCCAUGCCUCGUUAACGACUUUACGCUGACCUGAAUUGUCGUGGACCCCUUUAAAGCAAGAUUUUGCAGUGCUUCAGUCCUUUCGCGACCAACAACCUUAUUUCAGCACCAUCGCUCGACCAGUUCUCAAUCCCUCAGCUCUUCAAAAGCCUGACUGUCAAAAAUCUCGAAGCCUAUGGGAAAUCAAUAGUCAUUCCGAAGCGAAUGAAAUCCGCGAUUAUUCACAAUGUCGCCGGCGAGUCUACUAGAGUUUUUGGCUACGAAAACAUAAACUCCACAUUUACCGUUGAUGCUGGGAGAACAGUCCAUAUUAGAGGAGCGGAAACGAAAGAGCAGGACGCUGCGGAUAAAAAUUCGGAUUUUUUGACGGAAGAAAAGGCAAUUUUGAAUAACAAGGCGAUCAAACUUGCGGAUUCUGCUCUCAAAUCUAGAAGCAGAACUGACAAGAAGUUUGAAGAUGUAAGUGUAAGAUUAGUGGCCAUUUUCCUCCUUCUCUUUAGGCACUGCGCUCCCUGCCACCAACUUUAUUCUUCACCCCGCAAUUCAGGCAAUGCUACACGGAUAUAACGAUGAUUCGCAACGCGGGCACCAGUCUUUGCGCCAGCAUGAGCAAUUGUCGAAUUGAUCACAGAAAUGGCCCCAAGUGUGCGACGGCGAACGCGGACUAUGCCGGAUAUAUCAACGGGAAACUGAACUUUUAUGUGGCGAACAACUUGAGGAUUGAGGAGGACACGGGUUGUGAAUUGAAAAUUGAGAGCCCUGCGAUUUUUGAGCUGUAA